GUGCUCCUGCCCAAAGGAUUACACAGCAGCACCGGGAGCCACUGGUGCAGACUCACGCGCUUUUUGCCUUCGGAUGCCGGUUGGACCAAAGAUGAUGGACCUCCGCGUGGCUUGCAUCCUCCUCCUCCUGGGGACCCUGACUGCAGCUCAUGGGAAAGGAUACGUGGUGAAGAAGGUGGUGAAGGCUGCCCCCCAGUACCAGCCAUACUCCGUCAAAAGCCAAGUGGUGCCAGUGGUCGGUGAGCCUGGACCCCCAGGUGAGCCUGGCCCUGAGGGCCCUGCUGGUCCCCCCGGCCCCCCAGGUGAGAGCGCUGAAGGUCUGCCCGGCCCCCAGGGACCUCCUGGACCCCCCGGAGCCCCUGGACGAUCCAUCGCUGGCAAACCUGGCUCCCCAGGUGGCCCUGGCAAACCCGGCUCUGAUGGAGCCCCUGGUGAGAAAGGAGACACUGGAGCCCCUGGAUCCCAGGGACCCAGAGGAGCACCUGGACCUUCUGGAGCCCCCGGACCCGCUGGACUCUCUGCCACUGGCAAACCCGGACCUGCUGGGCUUCCUGGAGCAAUGGGACCCCGUGGAGAGCCUGGUCUUAAAGGACAUCCCGGUAUCCCUGGACUUCCAGGUCAAAAAGGAGACAUGGGGGUGGGUAUUCCCGGACCUCAGGGUGAGACAGGACCAGAGGGACCUGCAGGUCCUCCUGGAGCCCCAGGUGAAGCAGGAGUUGGAAAGCCAGGAAAGCCCGGUAUGCCCGGUGAGCCAGGAAAGGGAGGUAGCCCCGGCAGGGAUGGUGCCGCUGGUCCAAUGGGACCAAUGGGACCUAAGGGCCACACUGGUGCCCCAGGUGUAGGUAUGCCAGGUAAACCAGGUGAGAAUGGUGCUCCCGGUCUGCCAGGUCCUAUGGGCCCUAAAGGCCACCAGGGUCCUACUGGAGCCACUGGAGCUCCUGGAGUGCCCGGUUAUGGAAAGCCCGGUGCCAAUGGAGAGAAGGGAGAGAGAGGAGCCACCGGAGCCCCUGGAGCUCCAGGUGCUAAGGGUGAGCAAGGUCCCACCGGUUACACAGGUGCCACUGGUCCCACUGGAGCCACUGGCCCAGCUGGACCUCAGGGUCCUCGUGGUUUCCCAGGCCAGACUGGCCCUGUAGGUGCUAAGGGAGACACCGGAGCUACUGGACCUCAGGGAGUUAAAGGAAACAAAGGAGAUCAGGGACCUCAGGGACCUCAGGGCAAGCAGGGAUACCCCGGCCCAGCUGGUAAUCCUGGAGCUCAGGGAGCCACUGGCCCUCAGGGAAUGAAGGGACAUACAGGUGCCCCAGGAAUCCCAGGUUCCCCAGGUAUUCCUGGACCUGCUGGUCCCAAAGGACACCCAGGACGUGCUGGUGAGCCCGGUUCUGCUGGUUCUGAUGGUGCUCCAGGUGAGAGAGGACCUGCUGGCCCCCAGGGACCUGCUGGCGCUCCUGGCCUGAAGGGACAUCCUGGCCUCCCAGGUGCUCCUGGCCCUGCUGGUGUGACCGCUAAAGGUGUCCCAGGACCUCAGGGUCCCCCUGGCCUUCCUGGUGAGCCUGGUUCUGAUGGUGCCGCUGGCCCCGCUGGUCCCCCUGGACCUCCUGGUCCUCCUGGAGAGGUGGUCUUUGAGAAGGGUAUGGGAGUUAGUGAGGUUAUGGUCAAGUCCCCCAUGUCUGCCUUCACCGCCUCCCUGGCCACCCCCUACCCCGCUGCAGGCAGCCCCAUCAAGUUUGACCAGAUUGUGUACAACGCCGAGAACCACUACGACCCAGAGACCGGAAUCUUCACCUGCCAAAUCCCAGGCGUCUACUACUUCUCCUACAGCAUCCACGUAAACGGAGCUCACGCCCUGGUGGCCCUGUACAAGAACGGCCAGCCUGUCCUCUUCAGCUACGACGAGUACAACAAGGGCUUCCUGGACCAGAUGUCGGGCAGGCUGCUGCUGCUGGACGAGCAGGACACCGUGUACCUGCAGAUUCCCGAUGAGGAGGCCAACGGUGUCUUUGCUGCCGAGAACGUCCACUGCUCCUUCUCCGGCUUCCUCAUCGCCUCCACGUGAUAGGCUCACCAUGGCCGGAGCAGCAGAGGGCCUAUUCCUCAGGUCACAGUCCUCUCUCAGGUCCUCAGGCGGGGGACGGGCAGAGGGCUCUUAUUUGAGGAAUAGUGGCAUCUUGACUUGAACAUUUACGAGAAACAGGUGCUAAGACAAAGGAAAAUUAAUUUAUAAACCAAGUGAUCAGGGCUGGGGCUGGUGCGUUUGUGAGGGGGCAGAAUGCAGUAUGUGAACCAACCGUACAACUGUGCUUUCUUCACUCUGUUUUUCAUACUGAAUUCAAGUGAUGAUUCUGAUUUUGGUGUUUGUAUUUGUCUGUUUUUGUACGUUGUUUGGGGCUGGUGACCAUAACCUUAUUCAAGUAUGUGUGUAUGUGACCUACAUAUUGUGAAACUGUAAGAGUCAAAUUGACUUUGGUAAAAGCCGUCACCAGAAACUGUCAGUCAAGCACAAGAGAGCGAGAUGUAUCCCUGAACAUCCAUAUGUCAUGUACACCACAAUGACUAAUAAAGAUGUCGUAACAACA